AUGUCGGAGGGCAGCAUCGCGCUGCAUAUGUUUUGCGACGCGAGUCCGCGAGCAUACGGUGCGGCCGCAUACCUGGUGACGCUCGACAGGGACGGUCAUUACAGUGCGGAUCUUCUUUUGGCAAAGUCUCGGGUGGCCCCGGUCAAAACUGUCUCCUUACCGAGACUCGAGUUAAUGGGUGCCGUCAUCGCGACCAGGCUUAUGGGAUUCUUACAGACGACGUUAUCUCUGUCCACCGUACCCACUGUGUUAUGGACGGACUCUGAGAUAACACUCUACUGGAUUUACGGAUCGACGAACGACUGGAAACCUUUUGUACAGAACCGGGUGUCGGAGAUACGGGCUGGUACGGAGCCUAGUCAGUGGCGCCACUGCCCCGGCAAAGAAAAUCCCGCGGAUCUUCUCACGAGAGGCACUUCAUGCCUCCAAUUGCUGAACAACAGUGUAUGGUGGCAGGGGCCCUCGUGGCUUAUGGAUCAAAAGUCUUGGCCUCCAGCAUGGCGUACUCCAGAUGAACCCUGCGUCGAGGUACGAAACGAAACAAAGGCCCAGACGGCGUGCUGCGUACCUAUCUUGGCUACUACUACCCUAAUGGAUGUUGCCAAAUACAGUUCGCUCCACCGGCUGCUGAGAGUUACCGCUUGGGUGUCAAGAUUCCUGCACAACUGCAGGCAUACCACAGCCGAAAGUAGGGGACCUUUGACGGCCGCCGAGGUAGUUGCAGCGGAAACAUACUGGGUCACAGCGGCACAACUGCAGGCAUACCACAGCCGAAAGGAGGAGCAUCCCAUCGUCAUUCCCGCUGACCACUCGUUCACAGCUCUUUUAGUUUUCCGGGCUCAUGUCAGGCUUCUGCAUGCUGGAGUUCAGGAGACACUCGCCGCGCUUCGGGAAGAGUACUGGGUUCUCCGUGGUCGUCAGGUUGUGAAGAGGAUCGUAAAUGGAUGUCGCACUUGCCGACGAACGAAGGUUCAGGCGUGCACAGAAGUUACCGCUCCGCUACCACGAGACCGCUUGUCACAGUCCGCACCAUUUGAAGUGACAGGCACUGAUUUUGCGGGUCCACUGUACUACAAGUGUUCCAAAGACGGUGGAAGAAAGUGCUACAUCCUGAUUUUUACCUGUGCCGUCACUAGGGCUGUUCACCUAGAGCUGACGAAGUCUGUCUACCGAGGAUUUCCAAAUGGCUCUUAG